AUGUUUAAAGAGGCACGGUGGGGUUUCCUAGAAAAGAUUUCCCGUGUUACAAGGUUUACUCGGAGGACUGCAGAGGAUAUCCUUGACUCCCCAAAGGUUCCACCACAGGUCAGGAGACUUUUGAAGAAUCCCGAUGUGGUCAAUCUCCAGGAUGAGUUCGAUUCCGCUAGGCUUUACCUUGCGCGGUGGGCUAUGGGAAUUGCAGAGCAAAGCGAGAAGGAGAGGCAGCAAGACCACCAGGUUGUCUGGGCUAAUAGGGAUGCACUUGAGUUGGAGGAUUCGGCAGUUGGGGAGUUUGAGAUUCUAGAUCUCGAGUCCAAGAGUACCAAAUUGGAUUCAGAGAAGAGGAAGCCAGUAUCGUUGGAGGAAUGGAAUAAGUGGUUUGACCCGAAAACCGGAAAAUUAGUCAUUACGGUCAACGAGGUCAAGGAGCGUAUAUUCCACGGUGGGGUGGAGCCCGGGGCUGCAAGGAAAGAAAUUUGGCUGUGGCUAUUGGAUGUUUACCCUUGGGAUAGCACCAAGGAUGAGCGUAUCGCUCUGAUGAACAGUAAGAGAGACGAGUAUGUUCGAUUGAAGGGGAAGUGGUGGGAUGAUUUAGAGAGGAGAAACAACAAUGAGUACUGGAGGGACCAGAAGAAUCGUAUCGAGAAGGAUGUUCACCGUACUGACCGUAGCGUGCCAAUCUUUGCUGGUGAGGAUAUUCCUCACCCAGACCCUGAUUCUCCGUUCGCCGAAACUGGCACCAACGUUCACUUGGAGCAGAUGAAGGAUAUGUUAUUGACAUAUAAUGAGUACAAUACCGAGCUCGGUUAUGUGCAGGGUAUGAGUGAUCUUUUGGCGCCCAUCUACGCGGUAUUGCAAGACGAUGCGGCAGCCUUCUGGGCCUUUGUUGGCUUCAUGGGGCGGAUGGAGCGAAAUUUCCUGAGGGAUCAAACAGGGAUGAGGGCGCAGCUCGUAGUGUUGGAUCAUCUUGUCCAGCUCAUGGAUCCAAAAUUAUAUGCAUAUCUAGAGAGUGCGGACUCGACCAACUUUUUCUUCUUUUUCAGAAUGCUAUUGGUUUGGUACAAGCGGGAAUUCAAGUGGGACGACGUGCUCAGGCUUUGGGAGACAAUGUGGACAAAUUUCCUCAGCAGCCAAUUUCACCUGUUCAUCGCCUUGGCAAUACUUGAAAGGCAUCGGGAUGUCAUCAUGGACCAUCUAAAACAGUUUGACGAAGUGCUAAAAUAUAUCAACGAGCUUUCCACAACUAUAGAGCUAUCCUCAACCCGGGUCCGCGCCGAAGCGCUAUUCCACAAAUUCCAACGGGUCGUAGAUGCCGCAGAUCGUAAAAGCGGUUUUGUCGCGCCCGGGGAGGGAAGUGGCGAAAUGAGAAAGCGGAGAGUGGAGAGCACUUGUGGCGAAGGCUCCUCGAGCAGCUGUACGGCACUGACGUCCGGGGCUGCAGUGAACAAGGGGAAGGAUGUUGAGGGGCGAGAUGGAGAGAUUGUACCGAAUGUUAGCCCUGAGUUGCGGGGUCUAUUGAACAGGGAGAUUAUCAGGGCGAAGUAAGAUGGGUUUCUGUGGAUUUUUUUUUCUUUCUUCCUCUUCUCUUUUCCUUUCCUUCCUGCAUCUUUGACCUUUUCUUGCAUGUGGGUGUUUCUGGGAAUGGCUGGGUUAGGUUAGGUCACGGAAAUCUAUGGGUGCACGGCUGGGGCUGGGACGGAUUGGCCGAAACAGGCUAUCAUACUGUGAAUACUGGUACAUAACAGGAUUCUCUCACAAGUGUUUAGAUAUUCUAGCAAUACGGAUAAGAUCUUUGUAUCCUUCCUCUUUG